AUGCAAACACAAGUAUAUGAGGGGUUGUGUGAAAAUUAUUUUGCUGAACUACAAAGACAAACUGGAAUCAAACUGCUUCUUUUGGACAUAUUGGCUUUUCUUUCUGUCUUGGUCUUUCUUGUGGAUAUUAUGGCUAAUAACACAACAAGUUUAGAGCUUUCAUGGCCAGAAAACUUUUGGGAUAAUCUUAUAACUGCCUUCACGGUCUCCAUGGCGAUCGGGCUGGUCCUCGGCGGGUUCCUUUGGGCGCUGCUGGUUUGCCUGUCUCGAAGAAAAAGAGCCAGCGCGCCCAUCUCGCAGUGGAGCUCCAGCCGCCGGUCGCGCGCUUCCCACGGCCACGGGCUCAGAACUGGAUUCUACCGCCACAGCGGCUGCGAGCGGCGCAGCAACCUCAGCCUGGCCAGCCUCACGUUCCAGCGCCAGGCUUCCAUGGAGCUAGCCAACUCCUUCCCGAGAAAGUCAAGCUUCAGGGGCUCGACUUUCCACCCGUUUCUGCAGUGUCCCCCGCUCCACGUGGAGACGGACAGUCAGCUGGUGACCCUGCCGGCCCCCAGCUCCUCCGCUCCCGUGGGCACCGCGCACGGCCCGGUCCGGCCCGACCUCCACUGGGCCACUCUGGCCCCUCCGCCCCCGCCGGCCUACGAGUCCAUCAUCAAGGCCUUUCCAGACUGCUGAGCUGGCUGCUCUGUGUUCUCUCUUCUCAUCCUUCAACGAAAGGAAAUCACGAAUAGGCCAAGCAGCGUUUGGGGGGCCUGGACCAAAUAACUAAUAAGUUUGCAAGUUGAAUAUGCACACAAACUGCGCAUUAUAACAUAAGACGCAUUUUAAGCACGUUUUUCUCCAUAUGCCUCCCCAAAAGUAGCAUUUUCCGAAAUUGUUAUGUUAUACCUUUUGUGUUCAAGGUGAGGCUUAUUUAAGACAGUGAUUCUAAUCUAGAAAUCAGCUACAAAGUGAAAAACAUAGGCGUUCUUAAAAUUCCUUGAUUCCACUCAUUUAUAAAUUUGAAUCAAGGAAGCUUAACUGUGUUAAUUUGGUAGGAUUCUGUGACAGUUUUGAUUUUGUUUUUUUUUAGGUUUUUUUUUUUUCCCCAGAGAUUCCUUUUGGCUUUUUCCCCAAAAUAAUUAUUGAUAUCAUUGAAGUAAAAGAUGUGGGUUUUAACACGAGGAUUUAGUGUUUCCUCACCACGGCGCUGAUGUCAUUACAAAAGCAACAACAUCACAUCCACUUCAUUUGAUCUGAACACAAACUUUGGUUUAACAAGAGCUCACAGUUCUCUUAAGAGGCCAAUUUUGCUUUCUUAGCCUUGGAGCUAGCAACAGGGAAAGUAUUUUGUCUAGGGAUCUUCUCAUGUAACUUUACACACAAAUACAGAUGAGUCACACAAAUACAGAUGAGACAGGCUGUUCUGGACACCCAUGUUAAACAAUGAGGAAUUCUCCUGGAUUGACUUAGCUACCAGGCACCUUCCCUUGUUUGCUCUCUGAAUGUUACCUUCAUCUUCUCUGCACAGUCUGUUCAGUGAUCAAAUCAUGCCACAUGGUCCUGGUGCCGAUAGUUAUUUAAGGAGUUCACAGGUGUGCACCAGAUGUCAGGGGCUCAAUGGCUGCCCUUUGUAUUUAAAGACAGGAGUUCACUGGAGUAUUACUCAAAAAUCCUGCAGUUCAUUUUUUGAUAUACCAAAUAAUUAGUUUAUAUUUGUUUGUAUACUUGUCAGAAUUUGGGGAUUUCUGGUGACAAAGACAUACUCUCAGAGUAGUUUUGUGGCUCAGUGGUCUGAACCAUGCUCCAGAAUAUACAAUUUUUGAUCAUGAUGCGAUACAUACAUGUACCAUUUCCCCUCAAUGAAUGUAUUUAUUAUAUAUUGCAAUCAUAUACUAAUAAAAUACAAAAUUUUUUACAUGAGAUUCUAUAUAGCAUUUUCAUUAUUAAUGUUAUAUAUCUUAUGCUAUACUGAGAAAUUAUUCUUUAUAAUGUGAAUAAAAAGCUCUCUAAGUACAUGAGAAAGGAAGGAAAGAAAGAUGGAAGGAGAAAAGACAAAAGGAAGAAAACCAAAAGAAAAGCUAACAGAACAAUUGACUUAAUGUAGUUUGGUUUUUAAAUAGGGAAAUUUAGAAAUUGUAAUAUGGUCAAGUAAGAUUUCAAGAGAGCUUUAACUUAACAACAAGGCUGUUUUUAACUUGCAUGUCAUUAUUAAUGUUUAACAAGAAAUAUGCAAAUUAUUUUUUUUCUAGAAUUUGUAAUGGCAGUAAAAAUUGUUUCAUGUUUUUAAAAUGAGACCAGAACCUCUUGGGUGUGCUUAACUAUCUGUCAGAAUUAUUGCCUACUGCCUAGCACUACUUGUAAAACAAAGUGAGUAUCUUAUAAAUAUUGUGCAGUUUAUGAAAUAUGAAAUUAGAGCAAAAUAUUUAGUUGUAUUUGUUUUAUUUGAAAUGUUUUAUUAUUAAAUUAAUGUCAAUUUUGAUUCCCUUUAUUGAAUAAUGAAAACACUUCUAAAAAGCUAAAGAAAAGAAGUUGUAAAACUAAUACAUGAGUAAGAAAGACAAUUCAGAUAAAAAAACAUUGUACUAAGGUGUUUUGAACAUAUUAAAAUUCAUUGGAAAUAAAAGUCUGCUCAUUCUUUGAAAAUGAGUGGCCUGAGAAACCA